GUCGAUAUGUCGUUCACUAGUUCUGAUUCAUCUGAUAAUGAACUUAUUGAUGAUGAGAUUUCGCAAGAGCCCUUAGAACCUAAAAAGGCUAUUGAAAAGAUCCUUUCUUGGCGUUGGGUUGAGCGAAAGAAGAAAAAUAUUAUUCAAUCAAGUGACGAAGAUAACGAAGAACAAGAUGAUGAUAAAAAUAGUAUAGAUGGGGAUGUUUAUCGUGAUCGUGAAUUCUUUAUCAAAUGGAAAUAUAUGAGCUAUUGGCGUUGUGAAUGGGUUAAUGAAGAUGUGUUGGAACAGAAUUACAAGCAAGCACUUCGUAAUUAUUGGAGACGGAUGGAUCCGAAUGUACCGCCUGAAGUGGAUGAUGGUUCACAUGAGGAUUUAAUUACGGGCAAAAUCGACGACAAGGAAAAGGUACAUCGAGUGGUUAAUCAUGCGGAAUAUGAAGAUAGUGAAUUUGAUUAUCUUGUGAAGUGGCGUGAACUUUUAUAUGAUCAGACCACAUGGGAACGUGAUGAUCUCGACAUUCCUGGAUAUCAAGAUGCUAUUGCUAGAUAUUGGAAACAUAGGAAGCUAACAAUUGGUGAACCUAUUCCGAGAAGUGUUUUGGAUAAAAUUAAAAGGAAUGCAGAAAAAGAAGAUGGGGAAGCUUCCUCCUCUCCAAGUGGUGGAGAUGAUGAAGACGACGAAGAUGAACAUCAUGUGAAAAAGAACUCUAGGCGAGAAUGCAGCAAGCCUCUUUCUGAGCUUAAAAAGAAGUAUGAAAAACAACCAGAUUAUGUAGCUGAAACGGGCGGCACAUUACAUCAACAUCAAUUGGAAGGAUUAAAUUGGUUACGUCACUGUUGGGCUAACAAAAAGGAUGCAAUCUUAGCGGAUGAAAUGGGGCUGGGAAAGACAAUACAGACUCUCGUUUUCCUUUAUUCCCUUGUCAAAGAAGGAUACACCAAUGGUCCGUUUCUUAUUUCUGCUCCUCUUUCUACACUGAUCAACUGGGAGAGAGAAGCUGAAUUUUGGACGCCCGAUCUCUAUGUUGUUACUUAUAUUGGAAAUAAGCAAAGUCGUGAAGUUAUUCGGUUAGUUUUUUGUCUUUUAUUGCAAAUCAGAACUUACAAAAUUUGA